CCAUAGUGUGAAGUUGACAUGCGUAGUCUCUCUCAGUCGAUCUCUCGUCUAUCUUCAUAUAGCGCCUCUCACUCUAGGUACUACACGAAGUACUGCCGGCUGAAGAUCAAUGGCGAUGGAAUCGGUGGCCUUUGUCGCGGUGCCCUUCCCGGCUCAGGGCCACCUGAACCAGAUCAUGCACCUCUCGCUGCUGGUCGCGUCGCGGGGGCUCUCUGUGCACUACGCGGCGCCCGCGGCGCACGUCCGGCAGGCGCAGUCGCGCCUCCACGGCUGGGACCCCAAGGCGCUCGGCUCCAUCCACUUCCACGACCUCGACGUCUCCACCUACGAGUCCCCGGCCCCCGACCCGGCCGCCGGGUCCCCCUUCCCCAGCCACCUCUUGCCCAUGUGGGAGACCUUUACCGCCGCCGCGCGCGCUCCCCUCGCCGUCCUUCUCGAGCGCCUCUCAGCAACCCACCAUCGCGUUGUCGUCGUGUACGACAACAUGAACGCCUUCGCCGCCGUCGAGGCGGCGCGGCUGAGCAACGGCGAGGCCUUCGGGCUGCAGUGCGUCGCCAUCUCGUACAACUUGGGGUGGCUGGACCACGAGCACAAACUCCUGCGCGACCACGACCUCCAGUUCCUCCCCAUGGACGCGUGCACGACCAAGGAGUUCAUGGACUACAUCUUCCGGACAGCGGGGGAGCUGCGGGACGGGGGAGGCAUUCCCUCGUCCGGCCUCGUCAUGAACACCUGCCGCGCGCUUGAGGGCGUAUUCAUCGACGCGAUCGCCGAGCACCCGGAGUUCAAGGAGAAGAAGCUCUUUGCCGUCGGGCCGCUGAACCCGCUGCUGGACGCGAGCGCUCGGACGCCGGGAAAGGCGCGACACGAGUGCAUGGAGUGGCUCGACAAGCAGCCAGAGGCAUCGGUGCUCUAUGUGUCAUUCGGGACGACGACGUCUCUCCGGGUUGAGCAGAUCGCGGAGAUGGCCGCGGCGAUCAAGGGCAGCAAGCAGAGGUUCAUCUGGGUAUUGCGUGACGCAGACCGGGCCGACAUAUUCGCAGAGUCGGGCGGCGAGAGUCCCUACGAGAAGCUGCUGUCAGAGUUCACUAGAGAAACCGAGGGGGUGGGGCUGGUGAUCACCGGGUGGGCGCCGCAGCUGGAGAUCCUGGCGCACGGUGCCACCGCCGCUUUCAUGAGCCACUGCGGCUGGAAUUCUACCAUGGAGAGCCUCAGCCACGGCAAGCCGAUCUUGGCUUGGCCAAUGCACUCUGACCAGCCGUGGGACACGGAGCUUCUCUGCAAGUACCUCAAGGUUGGCCUCCUUAUUAGGCCAUGGGAGAAGCACAGUGAGGUGGUACCGUCGGCGUCCAUCCAGGAGGUCAUCGAGGACGCUAUGGUUUCAGACAAUGGUAUGGCAGUGCGGCAACGGGCGAAGAUGCUCGGUGAGGCCGUCCGUGCCUCUGUGGCAGAAGGUGGCUCCUCAAGCAAAGGCCUUGGCGAUUUCGUUGCUUACAUCACAAGGUGAUCGCCCUAUGUGUGUACGUGAGUAAACUGGGUGGUACUAUGAUUCUUCGAUGCACGGAACGAUUUGAUUAGUCGAGUUUGAAUUUAGCAUUUUGUCAUGCAAGUUCAUGAAAGAAUGGUUCUUGUGUUUCGUUUGAUCAGAUGAGUUUGAAUUUAGAUUUCUAUAAGAAAGCUGGAUUUUAAUAUAAACCCCGACCGUGUUGUAGUGAA